GAAAGAAAGAAAGAAAAUAAAAAUAAAAAGCAGACAGUAUCCUAAAGUUAAGUGGAUAAGAAAAUGCUACCUCUUCCCACCUUAGAGAGGGUACUGACAUGGGCAAAGCAGGUUUAUCAGCAACAUCAUUUCUCAAACCAGACAUUCAGAAUUCAAGAAUACAAGAACCCAAACCAAAACUGGUAGGGAUGCCCUGGAACAUGAGAACAAAGGGUCAGAAGUUGGUGGGGAGAGAGCAGUCCCAGCAGAGGCCCCCAGCUGUGCACAGAGCUGCUGCUUGCUCAAUGUCAUUCAGAGAAAAGGUCAUUUAUUCAAGUGAACCUUAGUACCAACUACAGUGGCUAAUAUUUUCUGAGGAUCAUAUGCCAAACAAAGAUGGUACAGAGGGCAUUCCCCUGCCUCAUUAACAAGUUUGUGAGUAAACAUUACUAUUCUGGAUUUAUAGAUGAGGAAACAGGACAAGAGAAGUAACUUGCCUGAGGUCACAUAGCUAGUAAGUUGAGUCAAGAUCUGAAUUCAAGUAGUUUGUCACUAUAGGGUAGAGCCAUCAUGGCUUCCAGAACCUGUAGGUACCUCAAAGGAGGAUAUCAAAGGACAAAUUCUUUCUUCAUUCCAUCAUGAGGAAAGAAGGUACCCCUGUGAAACUGAGGACACUUAGAGAUGCUCCUUUUUGAAGGUGGGGGGGAGGGGCAGAGACAACCCAAGGGAUGAGACAAUGGAUAGUUCAUCUCUGGGAUAUCUGAGAAAAAAAAAAAUGACCCUCCCACCCCCAUCUCUGAAGUAUCUGAUGCAUCUCAGAUGUAUCAGGGAAACUUUGCACUCUACUACAGAUGCCUGCUCCUCGCUCUCCUGGAGCUUCUGGCCGCUGCACCCUGUUGCAACUCCUUGGUUUGGCUAGGGCACAGGAUUAGCCAUCCCCAGGAAAUGCCUCCCUCCGGUCCAGGCAGGGAUCCCAGCACACAACACUAGUGGUGGUAGUGAGGGACUGGGGGGGGGGGGGGGGGGGCAGGGGAAGGAGGGUUUGGUGGAAUGCUUCCUCUUUCCAGGUCAAGGAGAAGCUCUGGGGACCACCUGGGGCCUCACCCCUCCCACCUCCUUGCUGGGGAAGUGCCCAGUCCAGCACCCCUUCCACAGGCACCUCCCUCCCCUCCCGGCUCUUGCAGUGCUGGGCAUGAAUCAGCUCUCACAGCUUGUUAAAAAGCUGGACCUCUUGUUUUCAUGCCCUCACCUCAGGAAACAGAGUUGUAGGGCUUCCAGCUCUACUCAGCAGGGGGCCAGGGUCCUCACUUUAUAAACAUCCCCAGCCUAUGAGAGCAGAGGGGCAUAGAGAUGGUGUGAGACAGAAGGCCAGAGGGGGAGAGAAAGAAAGAGACACUAACAACUCAAGGAGCAAAGAAAAGCCAAGGGGACAAGUCCAGAAUACAAGAACAGAGCAGCAGCAGCAGCAGCGGAAGAAGCCAAGAAGAAUCUGACAGGGCUGAAGACAAUGGCCCUAAGGAUGCUCUGGGCUGGACAGGCCAAGGGGAUCCUGGGAGGCUGGGGGAUCAUCUGCUUGGUGGUGUCUCUGCUUCUUCAGCAUCCAGGAGUCCACAGCAAGUGUUUCUUCCAAGCUCAAGCCCCCUGUCACUAUGAGGGGAAAUACUUCACCCUGGGUGAGUCCUGGCUCCGCAAGGACUGCUUCCAUUGCACCUGUCUGCAUCCUGUUGGUGUGGGCUGCUGUGACACGUCUCAGCAUCCCAUUGACUUUCCUGCUGGGUGUGAGGUGCGUCAGGAGGCAGGAACCUGCCACUUCUCCCUGGUGCAGAAAUCUGACCCUCAGCUGCCCUGCAAGGGGGGAGGGCCCGACCUAGAGUGGGGCUCAGCCAACACCCCUGUUCCUGGAGCUCCUGCUUCCCACUCUAGCUAA